UGUUCCACUGACACACUGCGAAGUGAAAGCUCAACGAGUUACAGAGGGCAAUGGAAACAGCAGACCACUACAAGUUUCUUCCCAUACGAGAUGCUAUGAAAGCUAUUAAUCAAAAAGUGAACAUAAUAGGCAUUAUACUUGAAUUUGGCUUCCCAAGGCGAACUAGGGGCACCGACUACUGUUGUACGCUAAAAAUAAUUGAUGAAUCAUAUGAGAAACCUGGGAUAUCAGUUAAUGUUUUGCUGAAAGUUCGGAAAGACUUCCUCAUGUUGUUGCAAGUGGAGAUGUUGUUCAGUUUUGUAAUGUUUUGAUAAAAACGCAUGGUGAUGAAGUAAAUGCUGUCUUCAAUAAAAAGUUUUCCUCGUUUGCAUUAUAUAAUGGAAAAGACAAUGAUGAGUUUGUUCCUUACCAAGUUUCUUCAAAAUUUCAUCCAAGAGAUGUGGAUAAAGCACUCAUAGACAAGCUCAGAAAGUGGCUUGUCAGUUUUCAGCUUAUUGAAGAUUCCAGUAACUAUCCAAUGUUAAGAGAAAUCAAGGAAGGAAACUGCUUUGAUCUAGCAUGCAAGGUACUUCAUUGCUGUGAGACUGCAAAUCAUGAGUGGAUGGUCUUCAUUUGGGAUGGCACUGAUUUUCCGCCAAACAGUAUAAGUGCAAA